CCUGCCCGUUCGCGGCCCCGUGCCCCGGGCGGCCCGGCGGGCAUGGAGCGGCUGCGGGCGGAGGCGCAGGCCCUGGAGGAGUACGCGGAGUACCGGCGAAUUGUAGGUGAUGAUGAUGGAGGAAAGCUCUUUACUCCUGAGGAAUACGAGGAAUACAAAAGAAAAGUGUUACCAGCUCGGCUAAAGAACAGGUUGUAUGUGAGCUGGAGAUCACCAACUGGUGUGGACUGUAAGCUUGUGGGACCAGAGACACUGUGCUUUUGCACUCACCGGUAUAAACAACACAAAACAGACUACGAGGUGCUUCCCAAAGAGCGCCCUAUCUGUGUGCCUUGCAGAGUGAAACGUUGCCCGUGCCAGUCCUACCAGUUUGUGCCCCUGAACGGCACCCAGCCCAUCCGCUGCCGCUGCAAGCACUUCGCUGAUCAGCACAGCGCGGCGCCUGGCUUUCCCUGCAACGCCUGUACCAAGUGUUCAGGCUUCCACAGCUGCUUUACCUGUGCAUGUGGUCAGCCAGCAUACGCUCACGAAACAGUUGUGGAGACCAAAGAGGAGCGCUUAGCCCAGGGCAAGCCCGUGGGGCAGGAUGUUCCUUACGCUGCCAUGGGAGGGCUCACUGGUUUCAGUUCACUAGCAGAAGGCUACAUGAGGCUCGAUGACAGUGGAAUAGGUGCUCCUUCUGCUGAACUUUUAGAAGCCCCCAUUACUAGCAUGGAUCAUCCAUUUCUAAAAGCAUUUCAGGGGCCUUCGAGUUCCGCUCAGACCAUGCCACAAAUGGCAGGUAGUUCAAGUGCCACAGGGCAAGUUUCUCAUGGAAAACAAUCAGAAGCUGAUGACAUGGCUUACUUCGAAAAACGUUAUCAAGAACGGCUGAAAAUGGAGAAAGCUGCUAAACGGAAAGAGAGGAAUCCAGAGCCAUCAAAGAAGCCAUGAGAUUAAUAAAUAUUUAUUGUUUGGCACACUGUUCAUGAUUGCAUUGAGUAUUUUUCUCUGUGCCUACCCGCAUACUUGUAUUCAUUAAUUUAUUUCUUCCGUUGUUUUGUUCCUUUGCUGAAAUUAAUUUUUAAUUAUCUCAUUGUAAUAAAAUUGUUUCAUUAAUCAAUGUGUUUCUAAUCUUCAGAACUGUUACACAGAUAUUUCUUUGAGAACAGAGAAGCAUAAUUAGAGAGUUGCAUGUCUGAGAGUUUAAGUCUGAGAGAAUAACCUUGUAUUUAAAUAUUAGCUUGUAGGAGGACAAAGAAAAGAUGUGUCUUAUUCUUAGACUUUUAUGAUACAUUUUCUUUAU